AUGGCGGACCGCGGAGGCGAGCGUGGCGGCCAGCGCGGCGGCGACCGAGGCGGUUUCGGCCGCGGGUUCGGGCGCGGCGGGCGCGGCGACCGUGGCGGGCGCCGCGGCGGCCGGCGCGGCGGCCGCCAGCAGGAGGAGGAGAAGUGGGUGCCCGUCACCAAGCUCGGCCGGCUCGUGAAGGAGGGCAGGAUCAACAAGAUCGAGGAGAUCUACCUGCACUCGCUCCCCGUCAAGGAGCACCAGAUCGUGGAGCAGCUCGUCCCGGGGCUCAAGGACGAGGUGAUGAAGAUCACGCCCGUCCAGAAGCAGACCCGCGCCGGGCAGCGCACGCGCUUCAAGGCCUUCGUCGUCGUCGGCGACAACGACGGACACGUCGGGCUCGGCGUUAAGUGCGCCAAGGAGGUCGCCACCGCCAUCCGCGGCGCCAUCAUCCUCGCCAAGCUCUCGGUCGUGCCCGUCAGGAGGGGGUACUGGGGGAACAAGAUCGGGCAGCCGCACACCGUGCCCUGCAAGGUCACCGGCAAGUGUGGGUCCGUCACCGUGCGCAUGGUGCCGGCGCCUAGGGGGUCCGGGAUCGUCGCCGCCCGUGUGCCCAAGAAGGUCCUCCAGUUCGCUGGCAUUGAGGACGUCUUCACCUCGUCCCGUGGCUCCACCAAGACACUUGGUAACUUCGUCAAGGCGACCUUUGAUUGUCUGAUGAAGACCUAUGGCUUCCUUACUCCUGAGUUCUGGACUGAGACUAAGUAUAUCAAGACCCCGUUCCAGGAGUUCACCGACCUUUUGGCUAAGCCGACAAAGGGUCUUUUGAUCGAGCCUCCUACCGAGACUGUGGAAGCUUAA